GCGGAAGCGCCUUGCGGCCGCGGCCCCGCGCGGCUCCCGCGGCCCCUCCGCAGCCCCCGGGCCCGGCCGCGGCCCGGCCCUGCGCGGCGGGGAGCGGCGGGGCCGCGGCGGGCCGCGGGCCGGGGCGACGCGUCGCCAUGGCAACGGGCGGCGGGGCCCGCCCCGUCCGCACUACAGCCCCCGGCAGGCGCCGCCGCACCGUUGCGUCACGCGCGGCGCCGGCCAAUCCGGCGCCGGGCGGCUUCGUGCGGACCAAUGGCAGGCGGCGGGGGGCGGGCGGUAGCACCGCCCGGGAUCCGGACGUGACGGCGGCUCCAGGCAACCCGGGAGCGUCCGUGGCGGCGGCGGCGGCGGCGGGGCCGGGGCCGGGGCCGGGGCCGGGGCCGGGGCCGGGGCCGGGGCCGGGGCCGGGGCCGGGCCCGGCCGUGCGAGAUGCAGAAAGCCGCGGAAGAACCUGUGGUGCGCAUCGGUGACCAGAUCAUCCUGGAAGAAAAUUAUGAUGAGACCUACGUUCCCAGCGAGCAAGAAGUCCAGGAUUAUGCCCGGGCGAUCGGGAUCGACCCCGAGAAGGAGCCGGAGCUGCUGUGGCUGGCCAGGGAGGGCAUCGUGGCCCUGUUACCGCCUGGAUGGAAGCCCUGCCAAGACAUCACCGGCGAGAUCUAUUACUUCAACUUUGCUAACGGCCAGUCCGUGUGGGACCACCCGUGUGAUGAUCACUACAGAGAGCUUGUCAUUCAGGAGCGAGAGAAGCUGCUGGCACGUGGCAGCUUGAAAAAGAAAGAGAAGAAGAAGAAAGAAAAGAAAGAGAAGAAGAAGGAGAAGCAACUGAAGCAACUUGCUCCCGCAGGCAUGCUGCUGGCGCCCGUGCAGGUGCCCCCGGGGGGCCUGGCCCCGCUGCGCGGUGUCCCACCACCCCUGCUCGCCGGCCUGCGCCCCAGCCCGCUCCCCCUGCAGCACGGCAGCCCCGCGCCCGCCGGCCUCAGCACCGCAGCGGGGACACAGCCUGCAGAGACCUGCAAGGCCACCAGCCAGAUGAAGAAGUUGCUGGGCUUGGUCUGUGAAGAGGAGAGUUCCCUGAACCCAGUGGCUGUAGAUAAAGGGAGAAGCGAAGAGGAAGAAAGUGAAAAUGAGAGCCUCCAUGAGACAGGAGCACUGUUCAGAAACCUGCACGUGGAUGUCGGUGCCCUGGGAGGCAGCUUUGACUCGGAGGAGAAGAGCAAAGCAGAGGAGGAAGGCUGUGGCAGCUGGUUAGCUGAUGCUGCUGAUGCUGCUGAUGCUGCUGGUGCUGCUGAAGCUGAUCUCCAGCGCCGAAGGAGCCCUGCAGAGGAAGCUGGCAGCCUGAGAGAGAAGGAGUCUUUAAAAUCCAGACAUGCUGAAGAAGGGCAAGAGUUUUCCUUGGAUUCUGAUGACGCGUGCCCUCCGACUCCAGUCGAAGUCCUUCCUGGCGAUGCCGACAGCAGCCUGUCUGACCACGACAAGGAGGAGUCCGGUGGGAAACAUGCUGGGAAUGACCUACUGGGCAAGCAAGAUCCUGAGCUGGAAUGUGACAUCUCUGCUGCUGCUGAGCUGCCGCAGUCUCCAGGGGAAAGGAGCGCAGCAGGGAUAGAUAUGCCCAGUGGUCCUGGGCCACCUCGUGGUGUGUCUCCGGCUGCUGAACCUGCUGAGGGGGAUCAGCAGGUAAACCUGGCUUCUACCAUUGCCCCCGUGUGUGUUGGUGAAGAGAUGGUGAAUGAAAUGAGGGAAGAAGCAGCAGCUGAUCUGGAAGCAGACAGCAAGCUGGAUGCUGGCGAAACAUCAGAGGCCAGCGACUGUGUGGAGGACUUGCAAGUCUCUAAGUGCUUGGACCGUGAGGUGAUGUGGCCUGUGGACUUGGGCAUCAAGAACUGGCUUUCUGAGCAGGUACCAGAUGUGGAGGAUCUGUCUGCUGCUGUGGACAGCCCCAUGUGCAAGGCCCAGGAGCUGGGAGAAGAGGAAAAAGACCAAAGCAAAGCAAGUAUAGAGGAAGAGCAAAGCAAAAGAACAAAAGCUGCUGAGAGGCAACCUGAGGAGCAACCUGAACACAAGCAGUUCCUGAACCAGCCUAGUGAAGAAUCCCUGGAGGGAACAGCCAAUGAGCUGGAGCGCAAGCAAGAGAUAAUGCAUUUAGUGCAAACACAGGAGGAGAAAACUCAGCAGUUCCAGGAGGAGGUGAGGCAGCCGGAGGAGGAGGAGGAAGCUGAGAGGCUUUAUCAGCAAAAAGAGAAAUCCCUCAGGACUCUACAGGAAGACUUGGCAAAGGUCUCUGAGGAGGAAGAGCUGCGUAUUAGAAAGGAGGAAACAGAGAGACUCUCAAAGCUGCGAGCCAAAAUUGCCUCAGAGACCGAAGCAGAGGAGGAGAAGAUAAGGGCAGAGCAAGAGGUCACGCUGCAGAAACUAAGAGAAGAGUGGGAAUUCCAGCAGGUCAUGGAGAAGGAGAGCCUGGAGAGGAAGCAGCAGCUUGUUUUGGAGAAAAUGAAGCUGGAAAUGGAGGAAGCUCAGCAGAAAGAGAUGACCAAGCUGGAGCAAGAGAAGGAACAAGCCCUGAGUGAGCUCAAGUUGAGAUUAGACGGGGAAAAGAAGAAGGCAACGGAAGAACUAGAGAAACACUUUGCAAGUGAACUCCAGCAGUUGAAAUCGGCAGCAGAAGAGAAGCAUCGUAAGGUCAUUUCCAGCCUGCAAACCCAGAUAGCAGAAGCACAGAGGAGCGAGGAGGCUCAGCUGCGGGAAGACUUGCAGAGAGCAGAGCAGAAAGUGCAGCUAAAAGCCUAUCAAGUAACAGAAUACGAACGCGAGCUCAGUGAGCUCAUGAGAGAGAAACGCCAGGAAGUGGAAAAAGACCAUGAGAGGAAAAUGGAGAGGAUGAAACAGGAGCACCAGGAGGCCCUGGCACGGGUGCAGGAUCAGUAUGAGGAGGAGGAGAGGAAGCAAAGAGCAGAGCUGCAGGAGGGCCUGCGGGGCGAGCUGGGGCGCCUGCGGCAGCGUCACGAGGCGGAGGUGAAGGCGCUGCAGGCAGAGCUGGGCGAGCGGCUCACGGCGCUGCAGCACAGGCAGCGGGAGAAGGAGAGGAAAGUGCAGGAACUGGAAAGCGAGCUGGAGAUGCGCGUGAAGAAUGUGCAAAGCAGAUCAGCACAGCUCCUGAGCCAGGAGGAGUCUCUGAGGAAGAAGAGGCAGCAGCUGCUGGAGGAAGACAGGCAGGCUAAGCUGGAACGAGAUGAAGCUGCUUUAGCCUGUCAGCUCCGGCUAGACGAGAGCAGGAAGGAGCAUUCCAGCCUCCUGGAGUCCAUCCGGCAGCUGCAGAGGUCUGUGGAAGAGCUCCAGGACAAGAAGGCUGAGCUGGAGGCUCAGGUGGACUUGCUGCAGACCCGAAAGCAGAGGCUGCAGAAACGCAAGAGUGAGCUGGACGCAGCCAUCAGGAGCAAACAGGACACUUUGAAACAACUGGAGGCAGAAGAAAGUGUGGAAUCUCCAAAAGAGGAAGCUGAGCUCCGUGCUGAAGACCUGAGAGAAACUAGUCCAGCUCACUCAUCUGGAGAGCCUGCUUCCCCACCCGCCCAAAGCCAUGAGGACAGCGACCUCCAGUUUGAUCAUGUCAGGAACUACAUCUCUGCGGAAGGGAUCUCCAUCAGGAAUGCCAAGGAGUUCCUGGUGAACCAGACCCGCUCCAUGAGGAAGAGGCACAUGGCGCUGAAAGCUGCAAAGCAGCAGUGGCGCCAGGAUAUGCAGAAGGCCCAGGAGGUGGUGCAGGAUCCUGACAGCUCCCAGCACCUGGAGGGCAUGCGCAAGAACCUGGAAGAGGAAGCAAAGCAGUUGGACAAGAUGAAGUCUGCUAUGCGGAAAGGACAGGUACUGCUCAAGAAGAAAGAGGAGAAGCUGAGCCAGCUGGAGUCCUCGCUGCUGGAGGAGCUUUCAGAUGAAGACACACUGAAGAGCGCCGCAUGCAAGAAGAUGGUGACUUUUGAUCUCAGCAACUCUGAGGACACAAACAGCACAUCCAGUGUAAAUCUACAUCAGCCUGAAUUUGAUUUGAGAGCUGAUUUGCAGGCUGUCCCCGAGCCAGAAAAGGUCAAGUUCUUGACAGAGUCUGUGAUGUGUGUCUCUAGUAAACUCGACAAGGUCCUUGGUGUCUUGGGCUCUCUGAGCAACCAGCAGUCUCCGCUCUUCACCUCGACGCCCCGUGACAACACCCCUGUUUCUACACACGCCUCCUUGCCAGGACUUCAUGCAGGUGGCUCCCUGCUGCCCCCCACCAGGAUGUCUUUGGUGGACCAGUGGGCCUGGAGCAGCUUGAGCUCUGGUAACUCUCUUGCAGCUGGACAGUCAGUGGACAGCAUCCUGGCAGACAAAUGGCACAAGUAUUUCCCAGGUGGGUUCCCAAUGCGCAGUGGAAGUUCCAGGCUCCCGGGCAACAAGCUGGGAUACAUCCCUGCAGAGGAGCAAAUCCGGCUGUUCCAGCGCUCCCAGUUCCAGAGCUGUGAGUCAGACAGGACAAGAAUUCAAGGAAUGAUUGAGAUGAACAAGAAAUGGCUGAAAGACUUCAAGAGGGAAUCAAAAAUGCCUCUCUUCCCAGGUGCACAGAAGCCCCCUGCCAGCAGCUCCAGCAUACUUCAGCUAGGACUGGAUGAAAGCAGACAAAUUAAACUCUACCAUUACUGAAGGGUGGGCCUUGGCUCUGCAGAGAAGGUGGCGGGGGCCACACGUUGGUUCCUGUGAUACCCAACCAUCUCUGCUCCGUCUUUGUGCUGUGCCCUUGAAAUAAAGUCUUUUUACAAGAGAGUGGAGGAAGGAGGAAGUGCACUUCCCAGGUGGAUUCUUCUAAUCCUGUAAUGUGUCCAAAUAUACUUUAUAGACUGUUUAAUCCAGUGGUGAAACAUCAGGGCCUCGAUAAAUCAACACUUCUCUCAUUAGUAUUCUAGCGAUCGUGAGCCGUGGCUGUGAAUCACGGAGGACUUGGAGUAACUGGUCAAGGGGGAGGAUGUGGAUCCAGCCGAGGCUCUGCUGGAGGAAAUGUGUCAGGAAAGGAGCUCACCCUGAGGCCCAGCAAGUGCUUAAUAGCAGGUGGGCCAAGCCAUCCGCCUCUGGCACGUGUGUGAGCAGGGCAGAGCUAACGGUGACAUGGCUCUGGAGUCCGGGGACAGCAUUGGAAUGGCACAUUCUGACUCUCAGGAAAUGUUCCUCUCUUUUGGAGUGGAAGCAAUUGGAAUUAAGCUGGGAACGGCUUUUCAUGGCUCCCUGCUUCCUCUUUGUGCCACGCCAGCCAGAGCUGUGCUGCGGGAGCUCUUCUGUGUUACAGAUGUGCAGCGUGGAGCAGGGAUGUUGAGAGAGGAUGGGGAGGUAUCUACCCAGCCUAGGGUGGGCGUUGAGACAAAGCCCCCUCUGCAGCCCUCCGUGCCCCAGGAGAGGGACCUGAGCUCAGCUGCCAGGCGGCGGCUGCAGGGGUGCUCCUGGGGGAGGCAGGGAGCUGGGAGAGGGCAGAUGGUGCUGCUCUAACGACAGGCAGAAGCCAGGCUCUGCUGCUGCAGAGCAGGGAAUGUGCUCUCUGCUUGUCUUUGUCACUAUUUCCUCCAAGCUGACGUUAAAUAUUUUAGGCUUUAAAGAACUGCUGAACCACUUUGCCAUUUUGCCUGAUGAAGGAGGCUGCGUUUCAGGGGAAUCCCAUCUGUGAGAAAUCAUCUUCAAAGCCGUUCUCCUUGGAUGCUGAGGCUGCUGCUCUGCACCCGUUAGUGCUGGUUGUGCUCCUCGUGAUGUGCAGCAGAGUAAAGCAGAGCCCCCCCUGCUUUGCUUCCCUGUGUACUGGCACGGGGCAACGUUUACAUGCAAAGAGAAAUAUAUUUUUGAUGAAUGGAAUUUCAAAACUCUGAAGAAUGUCUGAAUAUAUUUUUUUUUUCCUCAUUUUCUUGGAAUUUCUUAAUCCUAGGGCAGCUCGAUCCUGUGGUCAGGUCCAUAUUCUGCCACCUUUUGGGUGCUAACCACGUACAGGGUAGUCCUUGCUGAGGAAAUCCCAGCCAGCCCUUACCAGCUGUGGCUGAAAGGGGAGAUCCAAACACAGGUUUCCCAUCUCCUGUGGGAUUACACCAAUCCCCAUCUGUAGGGGUUUUGCUUUAGGAUUCCUGGCUCUUGGUGGGACACGUGGCAGCCCUUCCAGUUGGGUGUUUCAGAGGGGACCCUAUGGUUCUGGCACUGUGCCCAAAGCCACACUGCUGGGUCCCAGCUGCGUGUUUGGAGAAGCAUGUGUUGCAGUGCAGACAAAUGCCUCUUUUCUUAGCAAUAGCUCAUUUUGAACAUGUUCCUUUCCCUGUUAAACCUGUGAUAGCGGCUGUAUCUGGUUUUGUACUCCAAUUAAAUCAACAUGAGCCUGUUUUGUA